UGUUGCUGUUCCUGUUCGACUGUCUGUUGUUUGUCGAUCGCUCGCGCGUGUGAGAAGAUGGAAGAGAGCCGGGACAAAGUGCAGACGAAGCCCGUCCGCCUCAUCGCGGCCACUUGCAACGACAUGGGCAUCGGGAAGGACGGCAAAAUGCCCUGGAACUUACCGGCUGAAUUCCAAUACUAUCGGAGCACUGUCUCAAGGGUGUCGAGACCAGGAAAGAUGAAUUUGAUGGUGUGGGGCAAACUGUGCUGGUUCUCCCAACCGAAGACAAUGUUCCCGUUGGAGAACACCCUGCAUGUGGUGUUGAGUACCAGUAUGAGCGCGGUUCCCGACCACGCCCACUUCUUGUGUGAUGACUUUGACAGUGCCGUCCGCAUUGCGUCGGAGCCCCCGCUCGCUGACAUGAUAGAGACCAUCUGGAUUGUUGGUGGAACGCAGGUCUACAAGGAGGCACUGGGUCACCCUUGGUGUGACUUGGUUUACUUGACCAACAUCAUGGCGGAAUUCGACUGCGACGUUUUCUUCCCCGAGUUCGACAGAGGGCUGUUUAAAUUACAGGAAAGAUUUCCUCACGUACCGAGUGACAUUCAAGAGGAGAACGGCAUUCAGUACAAAUUCCAAGUAUUCAAGAAAGAGAUCAGUGAUGCCAUUUAGAUAACACUGCGGAAAUCGACAUAUUAUCCCCUCCCCCCCCCCGAAAAUAUGACCUUACUCUAUUUUGAAUCAAUGAAAAACUUGAAACACGGUGAGCACAGACGCUUUAACAGCAGUCCCAAUUUGUCAAUCCAAGUAUUUAUUUGUUUUAAGGCUUAAAAUUAUUUUACCCAUUGCUUUGGUCACAGCUGGUAGAAAGAAAGGAAAAAAUCUCCUGCCACCAUCUACCAUCACCUUGUCGAGCGCUACUCCACAGUAAAAUUGCAGCUGCAUGGAAAAUAUGCUUGUCAGACGUCGACGUCAAUGACAAACCGUGCUCCAAGUAUCAGAUGUCAGAGAUUAUGAGUGAAUCAUCCCACUUCUUUGUUUUGAUGCUAUGAUGACAUUUCUUUUCAUUUAUACUGUGGAUAGAUGUUGAGACAUGAUAGAUCCUCUCAUUUGAUGAGGUUAAGAAUGCUCCCAACAUAUUUAACUGCUCCUUUUCACCAAAUAAACCAAUGAAGAAACCAAA